AAUUCCAUGGAGCUGUGUGGAUCCACCUUGAGUGACAGUGGGGGCUCUCUGUGCCGGGUAAAGCAGCUUUCCUGUCACAGCGCCCCCCUCUGUCGCCUGCAGGCCAGCGCACACCACAACCUCCCCCACCUCGCCCAUCAGCCAUGGGUAAACCACCUGACCCCGGCCAACCUCUCCAGCCCGGCCGUGGCAACCCGACACCGGGUAAAUGGAGCAACGUGGGCAAGCUGUGGCAGCCCGGAUGAUGCGGCCCCCCGGCUGGGAGAGGAGGCGCCACUGGCCCGGGGGGUCUCCAUGGGGAAGGUGCUGGUGACGGGGGGAGGAGGGUACUUUGGCUUCAGGCUUGGGAGGGAGCUGGUCCUCCAGGGGAUGUCGGUGGUCCUCCUGGACAUGAACAAGCCCCCCUGUGAUGUCCCUGAUGGAGCCGUCUUCUAUCAGAGUGACAUCAGAGACUAUCCCUCCCUUUACAAAGUGUGUGAAGGUGUCGACUGUAUAUUCCACACAGCGUCUUAUGGCAUGUCCGGACCAGAACAGCUGAAGAAAGACCAGGUGGAGUCAGUCAACGUUGGAGGAACUAAUAAUGUUAUCAAUGUGUGUAAGGAGAGGAGCAUUCCCCGGCUGGUGUACACCAGUACCAUCAACGUGGUGUUUGCUGGGAAGCCAAUCGAGGACGGUGAUGAGGAGUCGGUGCCAUAUGUGGCCCCCGACGUGCACAUUGACCACUACUCCAGGACUAAAGCCAUCGCAGAGCAGAUGGUGCUCUCAGCCAACGGAUGCUCCCUGAAAGGUGGUGAGCGUCUGCAGACCUGUGUCCUGCGACCCUGUGGCAUCUAUGGACCGGAGGAGAGGAGACACCUCCACAGGGUGAUGGUGAACGUGGAGCGCCGGUUGUUCAGUUUCCGCUUCGGGGACCCACAGGCCCGGAUGAACUGGGUCCACGUGGACAACCUGGUGCUGGCCCACACGCUGGCGGCCGAGGCCCUCACACUGAAGAGGAGCUGUGUAGCUAGUGGACAGGCCUAUUUCAUUAAUGACGGAGUCUCAGUGAACCUGUUUGACUGGCUGACUCCUCUGUUUGAAAAGCUGGGCUACAGCAGACCGUUGAUAAACCUGCCAGUUUCACUGGUCUAUUCAGCAGCCAUCCUGGUGGAAUACUUGCAUGUAGUUCUGAGGCCGGUGAUAAAAGUACCUCUACUCUUUACCAGAAGUGAGGUGAGGACCAUUGCUGUGAGCCACACCUUCAAGAUCGACAAAGCCCACCGGGAGCUGGGUUACUGUCCGAAGCCGUACAGCCUGGAGGACUCCGUGGAGCUGUACCUGAAGUCCCAGCAGCCACGCUCCACCUCACCUCUCCUCCACCUCUCCUGGAGCUCCCAGCUGCCCCGGCACCUUGUGCUGCUGCUGCUGCUGAUGGGGUUCCCUCUAAUGCUGCUCGCCUUGUCCUGCUUACUCAAUCAGAACUGA